UCUCAAUUCUCUGAUGUCUCCUCAUCUCUACAUCUCUCUUGUUCUCUUCAGCUUUUUCUUCUUUAAUCAUAUUUCCUCUGCUUCAGACUCCAUCACCGUCAAAGACUCUCUCUCUGGAGAUACCAAGCUGAUCUCUAAUGGAGGAAAAUUUGAGCUGGGUUUCUUCAGACCAGGUAAAUCCCCUUACUACUACAUAGGGAUCUGGUACAGCCUCGACAGGGUCUCUCAGCUCACCCCAGUUUGGGUUGCGAACAGAGCAACCCCAAUCUCUGAUCACACCCAAAUAGAGCUCAAAAUCUCCACCAAUGGCAAUCUAGUCCUCUCAAACCAUUCAAACCCCUUGAUUUGGUCCACAAACAUCACCACGACCUCUAAAUCCACCAUUGCUGUGCUUCUUGAUAGUGGAAAUCUUGUUUUGAGGGAUGGGUCAAAUCCCAAUUUAACUUUGUGGCAGAGUAUUGAUCACCCAACUCACACGUGGCUCCCUGGAGGCAAACUGGGGCUAAAUAAAGUCACUGGGGAGCUUCAGCGUUUGAUUUCUUGGAAAACCCAAGAUGAUCCUUCUCCUGGGAUCUUCUCUCUUGAGAUUGACCCAAAGGGGUCCAGCCCAAGGAUUUGA